GCAACAGGGCGGUCUAUACGGUAACUUGUGAGCAUUCCUUGCAACUGGGUCGCCUGGAUACCUAUAUCAGUUGGUGCCAUUAUUGAGGAUGCGUCGUCAGACGCUUGCCAAUGUUACACCGUUGCACGUCAACAAAGUUCUCGACAAGUCUGGUGCCGCGGGACCGUCUGGAACGUGCGCCAAGAAUGGGUCAGUUCUACGCCCAGGCAGGCAGAGCUUGGCCGUGGGUUCUAUGGCUGCAGCUACAUCCUUCAGCGUUCAGAAGCGUGUGAGCACUAAACCGGGUGGUGCGAAGGGCAAUCGCCCACUGGCCAGCAAGGAGUUCGAGACCACAUGUAUCAGCAACAUUUCGGGUUACCUCUCAGACCACCACUUCAGCAUCAACGGCAUUGUAGUUCCAUCAAAGACAUCUUCCAAAACAUUGGCCCAGAUAUUGUCAAGCCCGACGGGAAAGGACUUCAACGCCAUCGCAACAUUCCUUCUCCGGCAGUUCGGUUCCUCGGAUAUGUUCCAGGGCAAGGUGGAGGACGAAGUUCCUCUCUUUUUUAAACGCCUUGGAUAUCCCAUCACCUUGAGCAAGAGCGCAGUUUAUCCUGUGGUUGUCCCGCAUACCUGGCCUGCGGUGCUAGCAGCGCUGUCGUGGCUAGUGGAUUUGCUCAGGUACCAAGAGCAAGCUUGCACUCCAAGCUCAAAUGCUCUUGCCGAUGAAAAGCAUGCGCAGGGCGUCGCGUACCUCGGGGACUGCUAUGCAGCGUAUAUGGCACAUGACGACGAGGAGGUUUCCAGGCUUGACCAGAAGCACCAAGCCAAGCUCCUUGCCCAGCAAGAGCGACUGGAUGCGAGCUGCGAGAAGCUCCGACAGGCCAACGCCGAGUUGCUUGCGGAGCUGGAGCGGCUGCGUGCGCUGCCCGACCCCGUGGAGGAGGCACAGCAGCGGCGCGCGGAGCAGGUCGCCGACAACGAGAAGUUCGAGUCGCUCAUCCAGCAGCUGCAGGCCCAGAAGGAGUCGUACAUCCAGAAGGUCUCGGGACGCAAGGCGGACGUGAAGGCCAGGCUGGCGCAGGUGGCUGCCGCGGAGAGCGAGUUGGAGCAGCUGCAGCAGCAGGUUGCAAGCCAGACGGUUACCAAGGCGGACGUCAAUCGCAUGGUCAUUGACAUGAGCAAGCACUGGGACGUCUUCCAGUCAGAGGAGGAGAGGUGCGAGGAGAUGCAGCUAAAGGUACAAGAGCAGGAGACGCAGAUCGUUCGGGGCCUGACUGCGCUGGAGUCCACCGUGGAGCGCUACAACAAGCUGGCGCACCGCCUGAAGCUCGUCCCCGCCACCUCCAAGCGCGCGGAUGGGAAGAACUAUGAGCUGCGCAUCAACCGGGAUGCAUCAACACAGGCGGAGUUCUCGAACCUGGACCUGAAAGGCGUGAUCAAGCCGGGUUUGGAAAGCUUGCAUGACAACUACCGGACGCGCGCCAGCCAGCUAAGUCAGGACCUGGCCAGUCUCCGCGAGCAGUGCGUGGUGCGGCAGGAGGCUAACGCAGAGAAGGAGGAGGAGAAUGCGGCACUGGAGGCGGAGAUUGCCAAGCUCGAGCGCCAGCUGCAGACGGCUAAGGACAUGAGAGAUGACGCGUGCAAGCAGCUGGCCGAGCAGGCCCACGCCAUCAAGACGGAGAUCGCUGAGCUGAGCAGUGCCGCCAGCAACCGGGAGGAGGAGGUGGAGCAGCGGGUCCAGGUUGCCAAGGCCCAAUACGAGCAGGCCACGCGGGACGCCGAGGCGGAGAUCAAUCGGGUGAUGGGCGACAUGAAGAGGGC